GGAUUAUUUCCUAGAUAAAUGUAUAUAUCAUGGAAAGCCAAUUGGGGCAAGCCUGGGCAGAUAAUAAGGGACAAAAGAAAACUGGGGGUAACAAAUAAGGAUCGGAGCCUAAAAUUUAAAUUUUUCCAGAUAUCUCUGUCUCUCAUUCAAAUGGGCAGUGUGGGCGGCCAUACUGGGCAAGAUCAGUCGUCAAUAUGGCUGCGUUCUAUUUGAUAGUAACGUAGGUGGCAUCUAUGAAUACAACAAACUUGUUAAAAUACAUUUAUUUUCCUUUAGUUUCUUGGGUUGAGUUUUUAAAAAAUAUUUUUUUGGGGAGUUUUUUCAAUUUUCUGUCUAGACGGUCCUGUUUUAGUCUGAUGUUGACAUGAUUCUCAGUAAACAUAUCACUGAUAUAUAUACAUAUAUUAUACAUAUAACGCAUUUGUUUCUCAUGUUAAUUACCUUUUACAGAAGAUGUUACAGAAUACAAGUGUUGUAGGUGAAAGCUAAUGUACUUUGUAUGUAUAUCUGGAGUUUGUAAUGAAUGUAAUUUCCCUCCGGGAUUAUUAAAGUAUUUCUGAUUCUGAUUGAUUUGAUUGGUACUCUGGUUUCUUCAUAUGUCUUCAUGGUUGCUAUGACUAGUUCAAAUAUUUCAGAUGACAUUUUGAUCAGUUUAUGUUUUACUUUAGUUUUUAACAAACAACAUUUUUAGUGAUUGCAAUAUAUUCUGUUAUUACACGUAAAAUCACAUCCUGAUUCUGUUUUCUGUGAAUGAUGAAUAAAAUCUCUGCUUAAUGAAACCAGUUCGCUCAGAGUGUCUUCACUGGAUAAUCAUCCGCUUUUAGAGUCUGUUGGACUUUCAAUAAAUGUCUCUUUGUUACUGAAACACUUUCAGUCUGACAGACAGAGAAACGCACAGCAACAUUAGAACUGAUGUUUCUAAGUGUCAUGAGCAAUAUGUGAUGAACUCUAUUGUUGAUGUCGAACAUUGUAUUACUGAAGGAUUCUGUGUGGACUGAUGAGACUCUACUGAACUACACUAACUUUAAAGCAAACAGAUUUGAUGUUUAAAAGUGAGGGGGACAUGCUUGAGUUUGGCUGUAGCGUUUGUACCACAUUAGCGAGCUGAACAGACCUUAGUGAAGAAUUGGGGUGAUUACGAGUCAUGAUGAGGCCAGCUGUAAAACAUCAGACCUAAAACAAGAUCAUCAUUUGGGUGGCCUGUAAAGUAUCAUUAGUGACUGUUGCGAUGUUGUUAAUCAUUCUAAAUAUCAUGGCAAUUAGGCAAUCAUAGGUAAUUCACGAUAUAGAAAGACUUUUUAUUAUGAAUAGGUUAGACCUAUAUAUAAAGGAAGUGCCAUGAGAAAUUCUGUGCAGUUACACCAGAUGGUGGUGCUAAAAUAAUUAACUUUAUGCUUUUGAAUUCAUAUCUACAUGUAUUUUCCACCAUUUAGAAUUUUAUGCAAAUAUUUUCCAUACAAGAUUUGAACAAUCCUAACCAAAUUUAGUACAGAAGAUGUCUGGACCAAGCAGGUACAAUGUAAUUUCUCAAAUUUGUAAUAUUCCAUACAGUUUUGCUGGCCCUCAAGCAGCAAGUAUGAGCAGUUCUUGAGAAAGUGUUGAAAACGGGCAUCGCACUUGUUUUUUUUUAAAUACUACAAUAUACCUAAUGUAUCAAUAACCAUUUUUAUUCUUUGUUUGAAACAAGGUCCACACUUUUCAUUAUCAAAGAACUGGAUUUAAAAUUCUGCUUUUGUUUUAUAAUUCACUGAAGGAUUUAGAGCCAAAAUACAUUCCCGAUAAGCAGCUCCAUUAUUAAGUGUCCAGAACCUCUCAGAUGGUCCAUGUUGAGGUCUGUUUACUGUCUCCAGAGUCUGAACUAAACAUGUAGAAGCAGCAUUUAGUUUUUAUGAUCCAUAGACUUACAAACAGACAUACAGUAGGCUCCAACUCUUGCUUUUUUGACUUUUGUUUACCACUGUACUUUAUUAAAUUCAACUUAAGGCUGUUUAUUCAUUGUAAUUUUUCUUCUUAGUUUUACUUUUAUAAUCCCAAUGUGUGACUUUUAAUAUACUUACAUAUUUUAUUAACACCUUUCUGUCUCAAGCACUUUCAAUGGUAUUAUCCUUGAAAGGUGCUUUUGUAGAUUUUGUUGUCACAUGAUUUUAGAGAAACGUCUAACCAGUAGAACAGGUGAAGUCAAAGGAGGGAGGAGAGUUUGAUGAGAUAUGACCUGCCUUUUUUUAAAUAAGUACAGAAAUAUAACUUAAUUGAUACAAGUGAAUAAAGGUGUGCGUGUUCGACUUAGUUCAGCUGUUAGUACUAAAUACUCACACUAUAAACUAUACCCUGUGCACUAAUGCUGACGUUAUACAAGAAUGUUUAUUUACAUUUUCAUGACUUUAGAUUACAUUCAUCCAUUCACAAUGAAGCACAGACAGUCCACUGCAGAAAAUCAGCUUUCUGUCUCUGAGACUGUUUCUGUUGAAUCAUGUGACCACAGAGUCUCCACCCUCUCUGCUCACACUGAUCUCUGCUCUUUCUGCCUCCUCAGCAUCCGAGAGCUUCGUGAAAUCGUACAGAGAAUACGGCUCCAUCCUCAAGUUCCUGUGAAUCCAUUACCAUGACAAUGAACAGCUCAUCCAAAUAUGACAACAUCAACUGCAAAGAUCUGAUCCAUUCAGGGUCUCCUGCUGUCUACCAGCUGAAACCAAAGAAAGAGAAUAUUGGAACUAUAAGAAGAAUGACUCUUGGUGAAAAAGAUCUGACCAAGACAAACAGAACCAUUUUAUUUUUGGGUGAAACAGGAACAGGAAAAUCUACUCUGAUCAACACUCUGGUCAACUACACCAUGGGAGUGAAGUGGGAAGACAAGGUCUGGUUUCAGAUCGUUGAGGACGAGAAGGAGGAGAAGAGAAGUCAGUCAGAGACUCAGACAUCAGAUGUGAUCGUUUAUGAGAUCUUUGGUUUUGAAGAUAAAACUCUGCCCUACUCACUGACCAUCAUCGAUACUCCUGGAUACGGAGGUACCAGAGGGAUUGAACAUGAUGUCAUCAUCAGUCACAGAUUAUUCGACUUGUUCCGCUCAGAGGACGGAGUCCAUGAGAUCAAUGCAGUGGGUCUGGUGCUGAAAGCUACUGAAUGUCGACUGAAUGACCGACUGUCAUACAUCUUUGACUCAGUGAUGUCUCUGUUUGGAAAAGAUAUGGAGAAGAACAUUGUUCCCCUCAUCACUCACUCAAAUGGAAGAACACCUACAAAUGUUCUGAAAGCACUCGAGGCUGUAAGCAUUAAGUUUGCCAAAGAUGAAAAGAAUCAGCCUGUUCACUUCCUGUUUGAUAACUGUCAGCAUGAAGACAGGACAGAGGACACAGAAUACCUUGAAUGUGCAGAUAAAAUAUCAACAGAAGGACUGAGACAGUUCACAGACUUUCUGGAAAAAACUGAACCUCAAAAGCUGAAGACAACUGUGGACGUUCUGAAUGAACGAAUCAGACUGACAGCCUGCAUCCAAAACCUGAAAGAGAGAGUUGAGUUUAUUGAACUAAAACAGAAAGAAAUCCAACAGACUGAGGAAGCUCUGAAGAAAUAUGAACAAGAGAUGAAGAACAAUGAGAAGUUCACUGUAGAAGUUGAUGAGGUCUACAAAGAUAAAGAACCUAUUGAUGGUGGGAUGUGGGGGUUGGUGUUUUAUGCAGCAGCUACCUGCUGUACAGUCUGUGAAGAGAACUGUCACCAUCCUGGAUGUACAAUGGCCUGGAAACCAGGACACUGUGAGGUCAUGAAAGGUGGUCGCUGCACUGUUUGUACCAAGAAGUGUCCUGUAUCAGCUCAUGUGAAAGAAAAGUGGAUCUAUGUGAACAAGACAAGAAAAGUUCAGAAGACCUUAGAGGAUGUGAAAGAGAAGUAUGAAAAGAACAAGACAGAAAGAGAGAGCAGGUUGAGCCUUUUGGAAAAUCUAAAGAAGAAAACAGAAGAACUUCAGAAAGAUAAAGAUCAGUGGUUGGAAGAGUCCUUCCAGCAUGUUGUCAAACUGGAGCAGAUCGCCCUGAAUGCUGUUUCACUGUCCACUCUUGUCCACUUGGACUUCCUGAUUGAGAAGAUGAAGGAGAAAGGAGACACAGAGAAGGUCCAGAAACUGGAAGAGAUGAAAAGUGGAGUGGAUAAAGGAACCAGAGCAGCACUGCGGUACAAGUUUAUGAGACUUAAAUUAGCUGCUAAAGCACCUAAAGAAGCAAUCAAUUGAUAGAUCAACAACGUGAGCAGUCAGCUAUUCAGAAAACAAGUUCUACACUAUUCAUUCUGUUUCUGUAAGUGUGAUGUUGAUGUAAUUAUUACCAUUCAUUCCAUUUAGAUAAGCAAGGGCCUGUCAUGGACAACCUGGUUUCCUGAUUCAAUCCUCCUGGAGAACACAGGUUUCUGUGGGACACUACUAACAGCUCUAUCUGGCGAUGCCCCCUUGUAUUUAAUAUUGACAACUCCCUCCCUCUCCUAUAUCAAAAACUAAACAUAAAGUCAGAUCAUGUAAAUUACAAUCUUCAGUCUUUCUUUAGUUUCUCUGUGUGAGUUUAAUGUUUUUAAUGUUUUUCUAUUGGUGGUUUUCAGUCAAUACAAGACUCAUUUAGAUUUUACUCUAAACACAUCACUGAUAUAUAUUAUAUACACAUAUAAAUCAGUUAAACAUGUUUGUGUCCUAUGUUAAUUUGUUUGCACAAAAGAUGUUACAGAGCCUUAGAAGUACUUUGCUGUGUUGGAGGUGAAUCCAACUGUAAUGAAAUCUAAUGUACUUUGAUUUGACAGAACUAUGGUUUCUUAAUCUUUCUUUCUCUUUGUUAAUUUCUUUCUUUUUCUGCCCCCUCCCUCUGGAAUUCGAUCCCCAAACACAUCCGUGACUGUAUCGACCUUCCAACAUUCAAAUCUCUGACAAAAACUCACCUUUUUAAAUUAGCUUUUAAUGUUUAGCUUAGUCUGUGUUUUUAGUGUUUUACUAUUUGAUGUUGUUUUGCUGCUUUUAUGUUUUUAUGUAAAGUGUCUUUGAGUAUUUAGAAAGGCGCUUAUAAAUAAAAUGUAUUAUUAUUAUUAUUAUUAUUAUUCAUGCUUGUGAUGACUAGUUAAAAUAUUUCAGAUGACACAAGGCAUGUCUUUCCACAUGCAAUCACAUCCUGAUACAGUUUUCUGUGAAUGGUGAAUAAAAUCUCUGCUUCAUGAAA